AUGGGUCCAUUUCACUUGACACCCUAUCAGUUCCCGAAUCGAUGCCCGAAAGUAUCGACUGUCGACUCGUUGGACUUGGAGAAAUUUACGGGCGCGUGGUUCGAGGUGGGCAGCAGUGCGCUGCACAAAUUCAGCACGUCGAGUGGCCUCUCGUGCAACGUCGCCAAGUAUUCCGCGCUCGGCGCCGCCACCGACGGCAGCAACGUCGCUGGCCAUCCUGCGCUUUCCUCUCGCCCAUCCCACCUCCUAACCCCCCCUUAUCCCGCUCAGGUGUGGCGCAUUUCCGCGGCAGCAGGGCGCAUCUCGCGCAACCUGCGCCGUGUGUGCGAGGCGGCCGUUUACAGCGCGAGAGCGCACGCCUCCCUACAGGCGAUGCUUGUUCCUGGGCCUCAGAUAACGGGAGGGAAUGAUGGAACCGGUAGCGGGGCUGAUAGCAGCGGAGAUACGCCCACUAGCGACAACAGCACCAGCAGCAGCAGCACAAGCCCGUUCUCCCAGCAAGCUAACGGAACUGCGCUUGCAGCUGAGGCUGCGGUCAUACUAGCUGCAUCUAGCGCCACUGUGUCACAGCAGGCGCUGGCGAUCUACAGGCAGCUGGGUCUGCUGCAGAUCCACAACAACCGCGCCAGCACGUUCAACGACCCGCAGGAGCCCGGGCUGGACGUCACCAAGCAGGGGCUUGCAGACGCAGCCAACCGCAUCAUUGCUGCUGCUGGCAAGGCUCGGCGCGCAGGGAUGAGGGGAAGCCUGGCCGUGGUGCAGAUGCAGCUCAUGCUGCCCGCUGCCAACAGCAGCGCCGCCACCAGGUUCACCUCCCGGCUGUCUGGUUUCCUGGCACGAGCGUCGUGGGAAUUGGGAGUGAGAGGGAAGGUGGGCCUGGCGACCACUGUGAUUCGCGUGCUGGCGGUGUCCGUGCUCGCACCCUCCCUCACCAUGUUCCCGUCGCCCUUCCCCUGGAAUUCCCAGACCCAGCUGCGCAUGCAAGCCGUGCAAGACAGGCAUGAGCCUGGGAAGUUUGCAGUGAGCCUCUUUGGAUUUGCUCGGAGUAACAACUACCUGAUCAACAAACUUGAAGGGGAUGCAGAUUCCGCGUAUAACAUGACCACCAUUGUGUCAUGUGAUGCCGGCCAGUUCUCGGUGUCCAUACUGGCGCGCACAACAUCAGUUGAUCAAUCGGAGAUCGACGCCCAAAUUUCCCAGCUGGAAAGACAAGGCAUCAUACUAGGGGGAGCAAACAUUUUCAUCAAGGCAAAUCAAGAUGAAGCAGCCCACGCGUCAUCGUCAACCCUCCUCGCCUCCACCAUGCCCUUUACUUCUCGAGUAGGCCGCGGCGGCCGCCUGGCCGCUGUGCUAGCGUGCGUCGCGGUGUGGUGCGCGGCGUGGCAGCGCGCGCGCGCGGGGGACACCUACUUUUGCCAGGAGUUGGUGAAGGAGACGGUGGGGGCGUGCCCCGACGUGCAGACGAGCAACACCUUCAUGGCGGAGUUCUUCCAGGGCAAGUGGUACGAGAUCGGGUCGACGGCGGAGUCGAAGCUGGAGGUGAGCGGCGAGCUGGGCAUGUCGUGCGUCACCUACAACUUCGUCUUCCGCGGCAUCAACCACAGCCUCAACAAAUUCAGCGUGGUGAAGCGCGGCAUCCGCAUGACCACGCCCGCGCGCCAGUCGCAGAUCCAGGGCCUCUCCAAGUCCGCGCUCGCCGUGCGCGACCACCUGCGCUCGGUCUGCGCCGCCAUCGCACGCCCCCCCGCGCAGGGCUCUUCCGCCACGCUGCAAGUGAGCAACGCGCAGAAUACGCUCUCCUGGGCGGAGCUCCCCAACGACGUCGAGGCGGACGUCAAGGUCGCGCUGGGCGACAUCGCGGACUCCAUGGCGCAGGUUUCCGCGCACGCGGAGCGCGCUUACAACCUUCUGGCGCGCAUCCAGCAGCUGAACGCGCAGCUGAGCCAGAUGGACCGCGUCUUCUUCAUCUGGCAGACGAAGCAGAAGCUCGUGAGCGCCGUCAAGCAGCUGCAGAGGGAGUCGACGGCGAUCAACAAGGGGCGCGUGAGCAUCAUGAAGUCGGCGCAGAUCGCGACGCGACGCGUGAACAAGGUGGAGAACAAGCUCGGCAACCUGCGCGGCAAACAGACGCUGCUGCUGAACCUGAACGACAUUGUGGGCCUCACGCGCAACGUGAGCGGGUUUGGGCGCGCGACGGGGCGCAUGGGCGCAGCAACGGCGUCAAUGCGGCCGAUGGCGGGGCUCAUGUUCUCCAACCCGCUCGCCAUGCGCUUCUCCUACUCCGCCAUCGGCGCCAUCACACAAGUGGAAGCCUCACAGGUGGGCAAGAUGCAGGUGACGUACGGCAACGGGCAGGGCGUGGUGGAGAACAUGUGGGUGGCGGGGCUGUGGGGCAACCGGGCGCUGUCAGACUCAUACAGCAUGGCGCUCCUCUACUCGUGCUACGUGCCGCCUGCUAACAUUGGCUCGGGGAGAACAAGCCAGAUCUCCUUUCGGCUUCUGUCCCGCUCCCCGUCCGUCUCUCAAGCGGAUGUUGACUCGGCGUUGCAGCUGCUGGAGCAGCAAGGGGUCCCAAUGGGUGGACCAAACCCGUACGUGCCAACCUUCCAAGUAAGGAACCAAUGCAUUUCGAGCUGGCAAGGCAGGAACUGA